AUGUUGCACCUACGCAGCGCCCACUUGUUGUUGUUGCAUGCCACACUACGGGGCAUUUAUGAGCUGAGCCGACUCUUUGGUCUGAUGGCAGCCACACUGCCCCAGAUGAGUGGCAACGGGAAUGUGGCAGACGUACGUUGCAGUCGGUAUUGGCGCCUCCAUGGCUACCUUGUGGCAGUGUUUGUCUUGUGCUACUCGCCACAUGCCUUCUACAUGAUCUACACACGCAUGGACUUCCUGCGUCAGAAUGCUCUGCUCUUCAUUGUUGGCUGUCAACAUUUCGCCUUGUUGCUGGUGUCGACUGUUUUCAUGGUCUACAUGCACACGACGCGACAGAUGUGCAUCAUCAGGUGGCUCAAUAAGCUGCUUUCGUGUCGCCGCCAAUUGUUGCAGCUGUUGCACACGAGACGGCUAAGGGAGUCACUUCGACAAUUGCACACACGUGACCAUCUAUGGACAGUCUUCUUGUUGAGUGCAUCUAUCGUUGGCUCCUCCUCGCACUCGGUGUUCGUUCUCAGCACCGAUCCGAUGUCGCAACGCAGUGGCACAUACUUUUGCAGUGUGCUCUUCUACUAUGGCCUCCAGCUGGGACUGCAACUUUGUCUGGGACUCUACGUGUUGGCCUUGCUACUGAUUAGUCACUUAUUGCAUCACUGUAAUCUUCUCUUGGACCGAAUACUGUCGGAUGCAGUGCAAGUGCAUCAGUCGCUUGUCAAAUGGGGCAUGCCACAGCGCUGGAGAUUGCAUGCGGCACAGCAGCAUUGGCUGGCCUUGGAAUUGUGGCGCCUCUGGCGUCUGCACGGCCAAUUGUUGCAACUAAGUCAACGCCUCUGCUCGUUCCACAGCAUCCAGUUGCUCGCCUUCGUCGCCUUUGUGUCCAUCGAGUGCGUCUUGCACAUCUUCUUCUCCUACUUUGUCCAAUUCAGCCGCUGGUGGCUACGCAAAUUCAGACAGCCCGCUCCGUUCAACAUCUACGGAUUGAUUACCAUUUCCUCUUUGUUCGUGCAACUCGCUUUCGUCAUCAUGCAAACGCAUCGACUGCGUUGCAUCUAUUGCAAAACGCGUCGCACGUUGAGCAGAGCCGCUUUGGCGGUACCACCUAGUUGCAGCAAGGCCCUCAGGCAAACGCUCGAUUUUUAUGGUCUACAACUGCAGUUGAAUGAACGCAUUUACAAAAUGUCGGCCUGCGGACUCUUCGAGAUGAACAAUGCCCUCUUAUUUGACAUAAUGCAAACAAUAUUAAUCUACGUAACGAUACUCAUACAAUUUGAUAAGAUCAUCAACGCAUAA